GAUGCCCGAAGACCCCCUUCGGCGGACCUCGACCUCGGCACAAGUAUAUCUGGAAGCCGACUCCCCUCUCACACCAGAGCUCACUUCGGAACCUCUACCCGGAAAAGUUAAAGUUCCUCAAAUUGGGUUAUACGAUGGGACUUCGGACCCCAACUUACACCUCGGUCACUAUACUUCGUGGAUGGAUCUGCAUGGGGCCUCAGACGCACUUCAUUGUCGCAUGUUUUCUCUUACGUUGGGACCUCCGACUCAAAAAUGGUACCAUUCUCUUCCUCCUCAUUCUAUUUGGAAGUGGCAACAGCUGAGGUCGGCUUUCCGAUCUCAUUUCAUCGGGGCCCAAGUGUGUUUAAUUCCAAAAGAAUCCCUUGCAAACUUAACUAAAAAAGAUGAUGAACGCGUCAAGGACUACAUCGCUCGAUUUAACGAUCGAGUUCAGAAUAUGGAGCCAUGUCAUCCUGAAACCUUGCUUGUUAUGGCUAUCGCCGGGCUGAAACCGAACUCGAUUUUUUGCUGGACAUUGUGUCAGAAUAAGCCAAACACCUUCCAGGAAUUUCUUGCCCGAGCUCAACAGCACAUUAUUGCCGAGGAAGCCAUGUCGGUCCCUGAUUUUAAUUUCAAUCCGCAGUCAUCUAAGUCGAGAACCGAUGAGAAAAAAAAAAACAAAUUGUUCGAUAAACAAAACAAGGCUCAAUUUAGGGGGUACCCCCAAGGAGACGCCAAUGAUCCCGAAAUUAGAGCAACUCGGAAACAAUAUGCUACCGAUGUGAAAUCCGGUUAUCAGACCGUCUAUUCAGCCGGAGCUGCAACCAUUUAUGAAGAAAUUAAAGGGAAAGGUAUUCUGCCCGAUCCCAAACCACUUCGGAUGCCCGAUGAAAAGCUGGAUAAAUCUCGAUAUUGUGACUAUCACAAAUUACCGGGGCACAACACUGAUGAAUGUUUGACUCU